CUGCGUUACCAAGAUGACUAAUCCGGUUCUUACGGCAGAACUAUCCCUGAGAAGCUUUUACAUUUUCAACUCAGCAUUCGGACCGAAAGAGGGUGAGGAAGAGAAGAAAGUGCUUUUUUAUCAUCCCCAUGAUACCGACAUCGAUACCAAAAUAAAAGACGUUGGUUUAAGUGAAGCUAUCAUCAAGUUUAGCAACACAUUCACCAAAGAUGAUAGUGUGCAGACGAUGCACACGCAGAAAACUUGCCAGUUUUACUACCAGCCCGAAUCCGGCUACUGGAUGAUCAUGACACUGAACGUUCCGUUCGAUCGGAAAACGCGCGACUCGGGCGACUACAACGAGUACCACGGGGACACGAUACAUGACACCAUCUUUCAAUCGGUCCUCCGCCAAUCCUACCGAAUGUUUCGCAUGUUUCACGGCACCUUCCUGGACAAUCUGCAACCGAACGAAGAGCUGGAUGCGCAGGCCAAUCUGAUCGGCAAACUGGAAGCCUUCUAUCAAAGCUACAUCCUACAUCUACAGAUGAAGAAAUGCGAUGUAGUGGACGCGUUCGGGAGCGUGCAGUAUUUGCCCCUAAAUCAGCUUCUCUUUCUAAGGGUGCAAAAUUUUAUAAACAUGAUCGAAGCCACAUUCGCACCGAUCAAGCAUUGCAUCUUCCUGUACAGCGAUCAGGUGGUAUGGAGCGGAAUUACUCCGACCGAUCUGUACACACUGUACGAAUACUUUCACAGUCCCAUGUUCGAUCAUCUAGCUCAGUCGAAGCAAACACGCCCUGCGUACGUAACCGAGAAUGGCAAGAUAAAGCGCUACACGCUGAUGGUGUGCCGGAAGGUGCAGAACAUUUCCCUGUGCCUGCUGCUCGACGACAGCGAGGUAGAGAACGAACAGUCGCUCUACAUGGAACUGAACGCAGUCGUAAAUCCGCAGCUAACGAGCAUUUCCUCCGACAUUAGUCAGCAUCUGCAGAGUAGCGGUGAGUCGAGUUACAGUUUCGGUUGUUCGGGCAGCAAGGAUGAUUCCGCAACGGCACCAAAGUUUAUCUUCUUCAACGAGCUCAAUCUGCAGCAUCGCGGUACGGUUCGGUUGGGCCAGGCCCAGUACCAAUCGGUCACGGGUAGUGGACUUCCGAACGAUGUGAUGAACCUGAUCGUCGAUCUGUUGGAUGAUGUGCGAAGCAAUCGAACGAGCGUAAUGGAUGAGACGAUCGUGAAGACGCACGACGAUUAUUGGAUAGUAAAGCGAAGCUGCAACUCGAGGCACGUGUUUAUCAUCCUCAACAAAAGCUCCACCCUUAUCGAUGUGACUGAGGAGACGAAGAAAAUAUUGGACCAGCACGUGAAGGGGAUCUUUUUCUAGUGACAUAGGAGGCAAUAGCCUUCUGAAGCUAAUUCCAGUCUUUCCAAUUAGUUCACUUUUUUAUUCUGCAUCAAAU